AUGGCCCUGGGUCUCCUGUGUGUGGGACUCACUCUGCUGGGGGCGCUGCAGAUCCAAGCCCAGGACCAGCCUCAGAACCCGAUCCCAGUGCCAAGUCUAAGCACCCUGCCCUUGCAGGCUGACUUCAAAGAUGACCAGUUCCAGGGGAAGUGGUACGUCAUAGGCAUGGCAGGGAACUCAAUUUUGAAAGGAAGUGGACAAAAUCAUUACAUGUACAGCGAUUCCUACAAGCUGAACGAUGACCACAGCUACAAUGUCAAAACCAGAGCACUCAGGGACCAGGAGUGUACACAACUGGUCAAAACAUUUGUCCCAUAUGUUGAACCUGGCCAGUUUGUCAUGGACAAUAUGACACAUUCACCUGGAUUAGAAAACUACAUCAUGAGGGUGACAGCCACUGACUACAAUCAGUUCGCUGUGAUGUACAUCGAGAGUACAUUUGAACACACGGUGUUUUUCCAGACCAAACUCACAGGGAGAACUAAGGAGUUGAGCUCUGAACUGAAGGAACGAUUUGUCGAAUUUUCAAAAUCUCUGGGUCUCAGUGAUGACAACAUCAUCUUCCUUACAGGCACAGGCAAUGUGGACCUCAAGAGUCCCACAAAUCUGCUCAGGAUCCUUGUACUGAGUAGUGUGGACAGACCAGUCAUUGUAACCAAAAAGCUCCAGCUCCAGUUGGUAGAGAUGGACCAGAGCUUGGAAUGCCUCUGCCCCAACUAUGGCCAUGGCUGCCUUGAGAACCCCCACCCCAAGGCCUAA